AUGUAUAAAUUAAGGAGUCUACAAGACAAUCCGAAGGAUGAUGGAACAAUUAACUUAAAUCUGUCAGAUACGGAACAGAUAUGGAAAAAUUUUGAUCUACAAAGAACGGGAGUUAUAGAUGAGAUAGGUGAAAACAGAAAUGGACCAAAUGUUUGUCUAACAGAUAAAGGGAACACUAGCCUCGAAAACAUCGCCAAUAAUUUGUGCAAAAGUCUAUCAGAGACCGACAUAUUGCCUGUAGUCAUAAAUAAAUCCAAAUCGAGUUGGAUUUUGAAAAUCGACAAACCAAAAGAGCUCAAUGGAUCGAAGUGUGAAAAGUAUAUGAAAGCAUGCAUCAACAUAUGUUGGGAAUUGGUAAAUGGUCAGACACAGGCGGAAUUUGUCUGGAGAGUAAGUGGCCAUGAGGAAUCAUUUAAGUGUUUGACAACCUCUUGCAUAAAGCAAGACAAUUGUAAACAAAGAGUGUGUAGACCAGCAGUUUAUAGGGAGGGUAAAAUGAUAAGUAAAGGGAAAUAUACUUGUAUAUUAUGCACUCCUGGUAAUUAUAAUAGCUCAGAGCAAAAUGAGUCAACACAAAGCGAAAAAGAACAAAAUAGAAAAAGUGCCUCCAUGAAUACCACUGCAGGGAGUGAUGCUGGAAAGAAGAGGAAAAGCACCUCGUCCACAGCAGCCGCAGCUACAGGUCCAGAUAGGAAGAGCCUAAAUUUCUAAAGACCCGACCAGGAAUUUCACGUAUCACAUCAUAUCCAUUGUAACAAACUAAUUAAACAGUCAGAUAAUGUCUAAUGAUCAAAUAUUUAAAUUAAAUAAAUAUUAUCAAUUGAUUGUAUUUUGUAUUUUGAUUUAAUGUGUCAAUGUCGGUUUAAGUAAUCGAUAUUUUGUUAAAAAAAAAUGAAGACGUUAAAUUGUUUUUUGCUUAUUAUUAUUUGUAAAAUUCAUGACUUACAUUAAAAUGAUUUUUUUGUCAAUGUCAGUUUAAAUGAUCGAUAUGUUGUAAAAAACAAGAAGACUUAAAUAAUUUGUGUAAUAUAAGUAUAGUAUCU